AUGGGUGAAGUAUUGCCGGUGGAGACUCAUUUGGUGCGGGAGGAGAUUGAAAAGUUGGUCGAAUCGGUGAGCUUGAACGAGCUGACCAGUGGCAAAAUCCGCAAACAUCUUCAGGUUUCCUCUAAAAAUAUAAAUUUUGAUGAAUAUUUCGGCGGUUCAGGACAAAUUCGACAAGGAUUUCGCCGAGUUCAAGGCCGUCCUCAAUGAACUGACGAAGAAAGCGAUCGAAGCCUUUCAAGCGAAAAAAGCGUCGUCGACAGAAAGUUCGGACGAUUCUGAUGAUGAUGAUGAAGUGUAGGUUGAUCACGAUUUUUUGCGGCAUUUUGGGAAUUUUGGACGGAUUUUGAUAUUUUUUCGUGCUCUUACUCAGAGUUUUGUUUUUUGGUGUUUUCUCGAUGUUUUUUUCGAAUUUUUUUCAAUGCGUUCAUUUUGAAGCGAACCGUAAAAAAAUAUUUUUUUCUUGUUUUUUUCAAAAUUUUUGCUGGAAGUUUCACAAGUUUUUGUUACAAGUUUUAUUGUAAGAAAAAAAAUAUCUGUUUUUCAUCUCUUAAAAAUUAUUUUCUGAGCUAGAAAUUUUUGACAAAACUGUUUGUCCUUUAUCACCUUUUUUUAGCAAAGGGAUUUUUCUUAUUUUUAUUAUGGAUUUUUUUCAGAAUUGUUCAAUCUUCAACAUUGUACGCUUAAUUAGAAAAUUCAGAGAUUAGGCUAUAAAUCCUCGGAACUUUUCACAAAUUAAAAUAAUAAUAGAACUUGUAAAAUCGUCAUUUUUACAUGAAAACUGAAACUUUUUUCAAUUUCUCACGAAUAAGCUCUCUUUUAGAGCAAAACCGGCUGAAGCCGAGGUCACGUCGACUUCUGAAGCAGCUGGAAAGGCUUCAGAAUCGGAUUCCGAUUCGGAUCACGGCUUGGCUUCGACCCAGAGAGCCAAGGCGACCAGAGGAAGGAAGAGAAAGGUGAGAUUCAGGACGAAAAUGAUUUGAGAUUUAUUUUACGUCAUAAAGGACUGUGUGAGAAAAAAGUGCAGCUUUUGCGCAAAAUCCUUUUAAAGACCGGAAAAUGUACCUUCUGUCAUCUUCCUUGAGAAAAGUCUGAAAAGAUGGAAAAGUCUAAAAGAAAAAAAAAUGGAAGUACCAUUUUUUUUUCAAUUUUUUAUUCACUUUUCCGCAAUCUGGAAAAAGAUUCUUUGAAUAAAAUCUUCCAAAUAAAGAAAAUUUGCAGGCGAGCAACGACGGCGACGACCUGGCGACAAUCGUGAAGUCGUCGCGUCGCGAGGCCGCCACUCGCGCCAAACAGAGCAUGCGGAAAAGCGCCGGAUUCGCCGGCCGAAUCGCCCGACAAUCAUCCUCGACGAAGGAGAAGAAGGACUCGGACAAGAUCGGCCCCAAGACCAAGCUCUCCUGGGUCUCGCCCGAACUCCAGAUCAUCGUUGGCAAACCCUACACUCGUCGCUGCGAUGUUAGUCUUGGCCAAGUUUAUAGGGAGGAGAAUUCUCUUUUUUGCUGGAAAGUUAGCCGUUUGGGUAGAUACGCGGGACUUAAAAGAGACCUGUGUGAGGCUAAAACUUUCGUUUCGGGUGUUCGUAUGAAAAACGGGCGAGAAGCGGGUGUUAGUGGUCAAAAAGAGAGCUGGUUUUAGGACUCUUUACCAAAAAUUUAUCAAAUCCUUUUUUGCGACAUUUUUUAUAUUCUAAUAAAUGGAAUUCCUUUACUUUUCAGAUCGUCAAAUCGAUGUGGAAAUACGUGAGAGAGAACGAUCUCCUCGACCCAAAAGGACAAGCGAUUCGCCAUCUGUGACCCGACUUUGUUCAACAUUUUCAAGAAGAAACGCUUCCAAGUUUUUGGGUUCGUUUUUGAUUUUAAAAAAAACAGGCUGAAGGGCUCUUCUUUUUCAAGAAACGACUUUUCGGCUCUUGUUCUCUAUUUUUGCCGCUCAUCCUGAGUUAUUUGUAUGAGAUUCUGCUCGAAUUGGCUCAUUUUGUCUCUUCUUUGCAACAUUUUCAGGUCCCAAUACGAAGAAAAUGUAGCAUCCUGUCUGUAAAAGAUCAUAUAUAUCAUUAUUUUGGAGUUAAUCAUUUAAUUAAAAAAAUCAAAAUGUAAAAACAUUGCUCCUCAAAAAACGAGUUCCGAACCAAUUUUUGUCUCUUUUUUGGGAGAUUUUUCACCAUUUUGCUGUUUCAGAAUGGCGAGACAUCUGAGCAAGCACGUCCGCGAGCCGCACGACAUGGGCCAGGAGUACAUGGACGAGGCCGAGGAGGAGAAACGUCGCCAGAUCGCAGAGUACAAUGUUCGUAAGAGAGGAAACCGUUAUAUCACUUUAAAAUCUAUUUUUAGCUCGGAAAGAUCUUAUCUCUUAUCAAAAACAUAGUUGAGAAAAAAAAAUGGUGAAUCAAGUUUCGAAUACGAGUUUAUGGGAAUUGAAUUCCCGGAUUUUGUACGUUUCGUAGGAAUUUCAUUAAAGAGAACGAAACGAAUGAAAUGUUUUAUUACCUCUCUGAACUUUUCGGCUGAUCUAAUCUUUGGAAACUAAAGAGCGUUCAUAGAAAGCAGGCUUUUUUUUUCUCUGAACGCUCUCUUGUUAACCAAUACUCUCUAACAUUCGAAGGUUCUGAAAAUCUAUUGACUUUUUGUUAACUUGUAACAGAAUAAUUGAAAAGUCUUGAUUCGAAAUCGAUGUCGGUAUUAUUAAUUCGGAAAAUUUAAAAUAUGAUCGAGUUUUGGCUGUUUUUACAGUAAUAAAAUCCGUAAGAAUCUUUGAAUGUUAGAGAGCGUUCGAAAAAUGAGAGGGCGCUUUUAUUUUUUUCAAAUUUACCGUUUUUUUGUUAAUUUAGAACAUGAUAGGAGAAAGAUUUUUGAAUUAAAAAUCGUUUGGAUCACUAUAAAUUUUCUGAAAAUUUUAAGAUUACAUCGAUUUUUCGGCUGUUUUUAAUAUUAAACGACUUCGUUCACUGAGCCUUUUUUUAACGGAAAAAAAUAACAGAAGAUUGAUUUCAAAAAUGUAUUUUUUUAGGCGAGACAGCAAGAAAAAGCUGACGAAUCGGGAUCGGAAGGUGCUGGAGGGGAAGACAGUCGUGGCGGAGCUGAAUCUGAAGGAGAAGCCGUCGCUGAAGAGUCCGACUGA